AUGAUCUUCUUUGGUCAGUUGGUGUGCGACGGAUGCCGCAAGGUCCUUACCUACCCCCUCGGCGCCAUUAGUUGCCGCUGCCGCGGCUGCGGUACUGUCAAUGCGGCGCAGAACCUGCGCCUCGACUGCGGCUGCUGCGGCCAGUCGGUCCUCGUGCCGAUCAACACGCUGACGUUUCUCUGCCCGUGCUGCGCCACCGUGACGGACAUCCCGAAGUCGUUGCUACCGCGCGUCGAGGAGCCAGUCGACCUCGACAGCGACGCUGACAAGGGCCCCAAGACAAUCUACGUCUCGUACCCAGUGAAGCGCGCGCACGUGUCGCGGGCACGUACGACGGAAGCGAAUUCCAAAACAGCAGCAGCAGAGCCAACAGUAGGAUUAAGUGAGGGGAGAGUAGUGGACCAACGACCACUACCACGCGAAGGCGAAGCGAAUGAUGAGAGACCGGCCGAAGAAAAGAAUCUACAGGGCGAAGGGCGUCAGCAGCAACGAGAACAUCCUGUAAUGUUGACAACAAUGGUUGUGGGGACGCGGAUACUUUGA